GAGUGCAGCUGCGCGUGGGGAGGCGCGUGGGGUCUGCGUGGGAGCCGCAGCGAGCAGGGACCCGGAACGCGCGGCGGCGCCGCCGGGCCCACCGGCCCCCGCGAGCGCAGUGCCCGCCCCGGUCGCCCGCCCGCCCGGGCGCGGCUGGAUGCGGCGGGGGCCCGGCGGCGGCGGCCCCCGGCCCCCAGCGCCCGGAACGCCCAGGGGCGGCGUGCGGGGCCCGGGGGCUCCGCGCCCUCCAUGCGCCCCGGCGCGCCCCGAGACAGCCAGGGGCCCGUGCCGCAGCCGCAGCCGCCGCCGCCCGCGCUGAGCCCCGGCACGGCCCGCGGCCCGCGUCCGGCGGCAGCAUGAGCCAGGCUGAGCUGUCCACCUGCUCGGCGCCGCAGACGCAGCGCAUCUUCCAGGAGGCCGUGCGCAAGGGCAACACGCAGGAGCUGCAGUCACUGCUGCAGAACAUGACCAACUGCGAGUUCAACGUGAACUCGUUCGGGCCCGAGGGCCAGACGGCGCUGCACCAGUCGGUCAUCGACGGCAACCUGGAGCUCGUGAAGCUGCUGGUCAAGUUCGGCGCGGACAUCCGCCUGGCUAACCGCGACGGCUGGAGCGCGCUGCACAUCGCCGCGUUUGGCGGCCACCAGGACAUCGUGCUCUAUCUCAUCACCAAGGCCAAGUACGCGGGCGGCGGCCGGUGAUGCCCGCCGGGACCGGACGUGGGCCUCGAGCGUGUCGCCUGCUGUACCUUCCCGCCAACUACCUCGGUGCGCACCGCGGCCACCACGAGUCCAGCGCGCGCGUCCGCGCCCACGGGGGGGCCCGGCGUCGCCGCUCCCGCGCGGCCGCCCGGACCUGGGCCGAGGGCUGCCCACGGCCGCCGCUGCCGCCGCCUGGCUGGGGGAAGGGGCGGUGCUCGGGCUGCAGCCCCUUUGAAAUCUGAGUCUGGCCACCAGCGAGUUCGGAGUCCCGAGACACCGGAUCCUCCGGUCCAUGCGUUUCUCCGGAGGCGGAAGGCGGGCGGCGGGGCUCGGGGGUCCGGGCGCCCCGCCGCCUGCAGGACCCGCGGCCGAAGCCCGCCGCCCGGGCCCGGACGCGCGACCGUGGGGACGCUCCGCUCUUCUGCGGCUCCAAACUAUUUAUCCUGUGUGUGCACAUUGUGGGUGCAGUUUGUGCGACUGAUUUUUGUUGUUGUUUGGAAAAUACUGUGCGUGGUCAACGUGGUUGUGGGGGGAAGAUGCGUUUUUAUUUUCCUAGUCCUAAAACUUAAAAAAACUUGAGUCUGUCAUUUCUUGGUUGCACUGAAAACACCGCCCAGCCUGAUGGUUUUCCCGUGCGAGGCCCCCUCCCCGCCCCCGCCACUCCUCCCUUCCCUCCCCCCCUUACACGCGGACAUAUCCUCGGAGCGCGACUGGGGAGCCCCGGGCCUCCCUCUGCCCUCUCCCGUGGGAGGCCGUGCCCCGACCCUGCUGGCUUUGCAGAGGCUCCUCGGGGGCUGGGGUGGCGUGAGGCCUUUUAUAGCGACUUCUAUUCUAGGUAGUUGGUUGCACACUUUUUUAAAAAAAGUAAAUGGAUUUGCCACGAUUAAAUGUCAUAACAUUUAUGACAGAAUAUAAAAUAUUAACAUAUUUUAAGCCAAGUUUUAGGUGUAUUUGUUGAAUCUUGGUUAUAAACCCAAUUUUAAAGGGCGUUGUAUCCAGCGUUGUGAAGGCAACAGUGUACCCAUAUUUAUAUUUUUAUAAAAUACCUAUAAGACUGUGAA